UAACACUUCGCUGCCCCGCUAACCGGAAUUGAAGUCUCUAGUCACAUGUCCACACGUUUGUCGUCACGAUAGGAAAGUAAAGAGGAAAGCACAGAGGUAUCCACCCUUUGUCGCUACCGCUUCUUCCUGUUCGUGUGCAGGCUCGGCAAAAAGCAAGUCACCCAGAAGCCAGAGUUCACUUCGCCGAGAAGGCAGAGUUUACUUCGCUCAGGGCAUAUAUAAGGGGGAAGCAAGCCCAAGCCAGUCUGACGCCUCCCAACACCGCCUAACUCCGCCCAACUCCGCCCAACACGGCCAACUUCUACACACAAUGAAGACGAAGGCGAAGAAGAAGGAAAUCCUGGAGAAGAAAAAAAAGGAAAACAAAAAGUUCCUACGGUUUGUAAAGACGAACCAGAAAUAUGAGAAAUUCCAAAAAGCAAUUUUAAAUGGAAAGGGACCCAAACUAAAGCACAACAAUAAAAAGGCAACACAGAAAAUUAAAAUAAAGAGCAAAGAAAGUGUGCCCAUCCAUGUGAAAUCAUUUGAUAAUAUCAUUGAGCCCAACACCUUCUCCAAAGCAUAUGACUUUAUAUUUGACAAAGUAGUCAACGAUCACGUGAAAAAUCUCCUAUACGACACGCACAUGUUGUAUUGCAAUUUGGAUUUAUCUACCAGCUACAACAUAGGGAAGGCCUAUAAUUUCCCUAUCAACCUAAUUCACUCCUACUACAUGGACGUGAUCAUCCUAGUCAGCGAUGAGAGCGAGAAGUGGAGAAACAUGGUUAUAGAGAAUAAAAUCAAGAGGGUAAAGAAGGUCAUUACGUAUGACAAAUUUGAAGGCGUCUACUACAAAGACGACAUGCUGAACGAGCAGAUAAGCAAAUACGACCUCUUCAUUUUCGAUGCCACCAUACGGACCAAGAAGUACGCGCACAUCAUUUCCAGGAUUAAGAAAAACAACAAAACGUUCACAACGUUGCAGUUAGACGAAGACACAUUUGUGGACAGCAUAGACAAAGUUAUUAGGAGGACCUACACCGACCUGAACAAAGGAUCAACACACUCUGUCCCCAUCGGGUACCUUAGCCUAGGAAAGGAUAAGCUCUUUGACAACAUACGGGAGGCGACCAAAGGAAUGCUCCAGUUUUACGAGCAGAAAAAAAUGUCAGUAGUGUCCAUCAACUUAAGGUAUGUAAACAUGACCAUCCCCGUGUACAUACACGUCUUAAAGGAUGGUGUCGCAUCGGACUACUAAUCAUUUGAGGGGCUCCCGUCAGAGAAGGGGGAAGGCUCGAAGGAAAACGGGGAAGUCUGGAAGCAAAAAGGGGAAGCACCCCACCAGCAGGGUUAAUUAUGAACACGCACACUUAGAGGGAGUUCUUGCAGAUGAAACAGAGGG